AUGUUAGACGGACAACAGUGUAUAAUACACUUUCCCCCAGUUAUCGAGACACAGACGUAUAUGUUAGACGGACAACAGUGUAUAAUACACUUCCCCCCAGUUAUCGAGACACAGACGUAUAUGUUAGACGGACAACAGUGUAUAAUACACUUUCCCCCAGCUAUCGAGACACAGACGUAUAUGUUAGACGGACAACAGUGUAUAAUACACUUCCCCCCAGCUAUUGAGACACAUACGUAUAUGUUAGACGGACAACAGUGUAUAAUACACUUCCCCCCAGCUAUUGAGACACAGACGUAUAUGUUAGACGGACAACAGUGUAUAAUACACUUCCCCCCAGCUAUUGAGACACAUACGUAUAUGUUAGACGGACAACAGUGUAUAAUACACUUCCCCCCAGUUAUCGAGACACAGACGUAUAUGUUAGACGGACAACAGUGUAUAAUACACUUCCCCCCAGCUAUUGAGACACAGACGUAUAUGUUAGACGGACAACAGUGUAUAAUACACUUUCCCCCAGUUAUCGAGACACAGACGUAUAUGUUAGACGGACAACAGUGUAUAAUACACUUCCCCCCAGUUAUCGAGACACAGACGUAUAUGUUAGACGGACAACAGUGUAUAAUACACUUUCCCCCAGCUAUCGAGACACAGACGUAUAUGUUAGACGGACAACAGUGUAUAAUACACUUCCCCCCAGUUAUCGAGACACAGACGUAUAUGUUAGACGGACAACAGUGUAUAAUACACUUCCCCCAGUUAUUGAGACACAGACGUAUAUGUUAG